AUGCAGCUUAGCUCUGCGGUGUCUGUACAGCUGAGGUGUACGUACACCCGAGGGUUUAUAACAAUGCAAGAAGAAGGUUUAAAUGCAGUGGAGGACUUGUUAGGGGCCUCCUACUGCCGAGUUGCUAAGGAGGCAUUGAAUUCCCAGCGGAUUCUUUUCAACAAGCUGUUAACUCAGCGGCGUCUGCCUGAUGAGGGGUGGACUUCGCUGCAGCUGCAGCAGCUGCUGCUGCAGCUAGCAGCAGCAGAUGCAAACAACUUGCAGCAGCAAGCAUCAGUUGGUUUACGGUCGGGGGAUAUCUUCGCGCUGCAGCCAAAGGCUGUGGGGUCUUCUCUGGCAGCAGUUAGUUGUUUGCCUUUGCCUCUGGCUACUGGGAUGAGUUUGAAUGCACUGGAGUCACUGGGUGAUGAUGUUCUCUGCGUUGUCUCCACCACUUCGGCCUUCGCCCCUCGUCAGCCCGACCGCAUCCCUGAAAUUGCACAACUCUGCAAGAAGAAAGAUGUCUUUCAUUUGGUUAAUAACGCCUACGGCCUCCAGUGCAGCAAGUGCUGCUCCCUUAUAGAACAGGGGUGUCGUGUGGGGCGAGUAGAUUUGAUUGUCUCCAGCACCGAUAAGAAUUUCAUGACGCCGGUUGGAGGGGCCCUUGUUUACGGCCCUGAGCGCAGCUUGGUGUCUCGUGUCUCCGCCUGCUACCCGGGCCGUGCGAGUAUCAGCCCUAUUAUUGAUUUGUUCAUCACGCUGCUGCAAAUGGGUCGUUCAGGGCUAGAGGAUUUGCUGCAGCAAAGGAAGAGACACUUCUUGUGGUUUAAGCAGCAGCUAAAACAACUGACGGAGACACUCGGUCUCCGUUUGCUGCCUUGCGAAGAUAAUAAAAUAUCAGUUGCUGUUGAUCUGUCUCCUCUAGCAGAUAAACAAAAAGGAGAAGGCGUUUCUUUCUUGGGGUCUCAAUUAUACUACCGUCGGUGCUCCGGCCUUCGAGUUGUUUGCCCCUCAGAAAAGAGUGUUGUGGUUGGGGGCGUUGAAUUUGUUAGCUUCGGCAGUCACUGCAAAUUUAAACACCCUUACUGCUCUCUUGCAUGCGCUAUAGGUACGCAGCAGCAGCAGCAGCAGCAGCAGCAGGAGCAGCAGCAGCAGCAGCAGCAGUAG